AAGAAGAUGCAGAGCAGCCUGAAGCUGGUGGACUGCAUCAUCGAGGUCCACGAUGCCCGGAUCCCACUUUCAGGCCGCAACCCUCUGUUUCAGGAAACCCUUGGACUUAAGCCUCACCUGCUUGUCCUCAACAAAAAGGAUUUGGCAGAUCUUACAGAGCAGCAGAAAAUUAUCCAGCACCUUGAAGGAGAAGGCCUAAAAAAUGUCAUUUUUACCAAUUGCAUAAAGGAUGAAAAUGUGAAGCAGGUAGGCUUUUUUCUGUUUACACUAAUGUUGCUGCUUCAGUACAUUCAAGGAAUAAAGUCCAGGCACACUGCCCUCCUCAAGGCUGAGCCUUCCUCUGUGGCAGCUGCGAGGCAGCCUGUGUGCAGGUACGUGCAGCACUACGGCCUGGGCGGUGCUUGUGACGACAUCGAGCACGUGCUGAAGCAUGUGGCCAUCAAGUUGGGCAAGACACAGAAGGUGAAGGUGCUCACAGGCACAGGUGACGUGAAUGUCAUCCAGCCCAACUACCCUGCAGCAGCCCAAGACUUCCUCCGGACCUUCCGCAGUGGACUGCUGGGCCCAGUAAUGCUGGAUCAUGACAUCCUGCAGGGCCACCCCUCUGCCAAGGCAAACUCCUGAACUGGCCAGGCAAUGAGUGCACUGGAGGUGUGUAGCCUCCCAGACCUGCCAUGGCUAGGUGUCUGGGACUUGGUACUGCCCACCAGGAACUCCAUGCCAGUCACUACAACAGUUCCCUCUCCAGUGAGGGACACCAUGGUUUCCUACCCACCACAGCCUGGCCAGCUCCCAUUGCAGAGGCCUGUGUCAGUGGGGGUGGAUGUCCUUAAGGUUGACGUCUCAGGAGUUAAAGCUAAAAUCUGUUAAUUUUUUAAAAUCUCAAGUUGAAA